AUGAGCUACAGAGUUUGUUUCGGAGCUGAACUUCGCUGUUAUUAUGUAACGUUAACUCGUCGUGGAAAAUUGUGUUAACAAUGUCUGCCAUGCAAGGAUAAAUUUAACAAAUGAGUUCAUGUCAAUACUGGCAUUUAUUCCACUUAAUGGACGUUAGCUAACAGCUCCAUUAACUGCGCCUAUCGUUAGCUAGCUGUUAAUUUAAAAGCAGCAAAGUUAUGAUACAGAUUGAGAAACUAAAGCACCGAGGUGACGAGGAGGUGGUCAGAGAGCUGUGCUUGGCCAAUGGAGUAUCCUAUGAAAAGAUUGCACAAGAAGGAAGCAAUGUCAGCUCCCUGGAGAUCUUCUUCUCUGGCUUUCCCCGCAUGGUUGGGCUUUCCUUCUUCCCAAGGCUCUGUCAGCUUACCAUAGUGGGCCAGAAUGUAAAACACAUUGAGGGACUUGAGUGCUGUCCUGUGCUUCGGGAGCUGUGGGUAGUCCAGUGCCAUCUGACAGGAAUAUCUGGACUACAUAAUUGUCCACAACUGGAGAAACUCUACCUUUAUGAUAAUCAAAUCUGUGAAAUAAAGAAUUUAGAAAUGCAGAUUAACCUGGAAGUUUUGUGGCUCAACAACAACUGCAUAACUCAGAUACAGGGCUUGAACAUGCUGAAAAACCUUAAAGAACUAAACCUUGCUGACAACAAUAUUGAAAAGAUUGGGCGUAGCCUUGAUCCUAAUGUCAGCCUUCAGAAUCUUAAUCUGUCUGGGAACAAGAUCAGCUCCUUUAAGGAGCUGACCAUGCUUGCUCAUUUACCCCAUCUGAGAGAACUCGCACUAAAGGACCCUACAUCAACCCCAAACCCAGUGUGUCUGCUGUGUAACUACGCCACACAUGUUCUUUACCACAUGCCAGGCCUACAGCAACUUGACACAUAUGACGUUUCGAGCAAGCAAGUCAAGGAGGCAGCUGAGUCGACAGUAAUGAAGAAAAUGAUGUACUACAACAUGCGUGUACGGACAGCUCAGAGGAACCUGGCAGAGAUCCGGCUCAGUCUGAUAGAGAGGAAGAAAACUAUGUUAAAGUUACCAGAGGAAUGCAUCAAAACACUCAAUCACGCCCUCAAAAGUCUUGAACGUGAACUGUCCAAGGUGCCACCUAGUUGUAAGAAGUCUGCCUUUGCGUUGGAGGAUGGAUCAACCCAACUGGUUGAAAGUUCAGCCAACAGAAGUGACUCACCCACUGAUGUCAGUCGCGAUCCUGCCAUGGAGCACAAAAUAUUCCGCAAGAUUGAAGCACUGAGGGACAGACUGGUGCUAUGGACGAGGAAGCUGGAUGAGAUUGAAGCCUGGUAUGAGCGGGACUUGAUGCAAGCCACAAACACAAUGGGAUAUACCAUUCAGUUUCUGUUGAUGGAGCUAGAAAGUGUUGGAAAUAUUCGUUUGGAAGAGGGCUGCUCCACAGACCCUUGGUUUACUUCCUGUUGUGACCUCCUGCAGUCCCGCUUCUCUCAGUCAGACUAUAAGGCUUACAGCAUCACUGGCAUCAAGAUCAAUAGAGUUAUCCGCAUCCACAACAGCGCUUUGAGGCUUCGCUUUGAGGACAAACUUCACACCCUUCUAGCCAGUGACGACUCUGCCAUCUCUUCACAGAAUUACAGACGUCGGCUGGAUCAUUUGUUCUACGUAGCUGACCCUGAAAAGAAUGAUGAGAAGGAAGAAAUUCUCUGCAUUUUAGAGGAAGGCUUCAAAACAGCUGAACAAUAUAAGGCUUUGGACAUAGAGAGAGCUAUACCUUUAUCCAAUAGCCUGAGUGUGACUGAGCAGCCCAGAAUUGAACACACACUGCGCUGGGCCAGCCAAGGUGAUUCCAAGCACAGCACAGACACAAUCCCCUUCAGGCACGGUCAGAUUAUUGUUUCCAAAGUGUUUGUGGGCCACAGCACGCCUAUCCGAGAGGGAGAACCGUUGGACAGAAGCAGAUAUCCCAGAGCCUACUCUGUGUACCGCAAUGUGGAAGUCAAGCACAGAACUGCAAUAAGUGAAGAGAGACCCUGCUCCACCAAAACACACACUGGUCCUGAGUGCAGUCCCCGACGAAGACAGUGGUUUGUGUUUGACCAUGAGCUUGUCCUGCCUGAGUACAUCAUUUCUUUUGAGUACAUCACCGGGGAUGAAGAACAACCACACAGCACAGGCAGAGGUGACGGUCCCUCCAACGAUAUCAUCCUAGACAGGGAGGUCCUCAACAUGGAACCUGUGCAGAAGCCACAGCCCAAGCUGUUGAGCUUGGAUGACAAAAUUCUGCUCAAUGUGGCCAGAGCCAAUGUCCUCAGUCAAAUUACUGUGCUGAACCUUCAUGGCAACAGUUUGAGUAAAAUAAAGGAGAUUUCCCAUGUCACAGCUCUGCGGCAUCUUACCAUCAGCUUCAAUGAGUUCACACACCUGGAUGACAUUUCUCACAUGCCCAACCUUGAGUUUUUGGACGCUAGCUAUAAUCGCCUAGUGACCCUGGAAGGGCUGAAGAGGUUGGGGCAGCUCAAACAGCUAGACCUGCGCUGGAACAAGUUGACCAAGGCCAGGGAGGACACAGCUGUACUGAGAAAACACACACCUGCUCUGCUGAAGCUUGACACCAGAUACAACCCCUGGAGCAGGUCUGAAGCAGUAAGAAUGACCAUACUGGGCCGUCUAAUGACCCUCACACACCUGGAUGAUACGAUGGUAACAGAGGAGGAGGCUGCCUAUGCUCUUCAGAUGGCCACUGGAUCCAAAAUUAACCAGGCAUCUCUUCUAGCUCACUCAUGUACCACCAGUGAGCGUCCCCGCAGUCUCAGCUUGCUGUCAACAGCCCAGCUCCUAUGUCUUCUCAGUCCAGCACCCUGGGGCCUCGACCAAGAGCUCAAGCUAGACUGGACUGCACAGAUCUCUGCCCUAAACCUUGACAACCAGAGGAUUUCCAAACUGGUCAGUCUGAAUAAGCUAGUCAACCUCCGCUGGGCUUCCUUUAAUGAUAAUGACAUUUCCAAAGUGGAGGGUCUUGAUGGCUGCUUGAAGCUGGAGGAACUCUCCCUCAACAACAACAGCAUAGGCACACUCAGUGGCCUGUCAAAGCUGCAUUGCCUCAAUAAACUGAGUGUAGAUGGGAAUCAGCUGUCUAAUCUGGAUGCCUCAGUCUUAGAUCAGCUGCCCAACCUGUCCUUUCUGUCCGUGGAGAACAACUGUAUCAGUUCCCUGCAUGGUAUCCAGAGAGCCCGCUCCCUUCUUGAGCUCUACAUCGGCAACAACCAAAUUUCUACGUCGCGGGACAUCUACUAUCUGAAGGGAUUGACAAACCUCAUUAUUCUGGAUCUUUACGGGAAUCCUUUAGUGGAGAAACUGGAAAACUAUCGGAUUUAUGUGGUGUUCCACCUACCCUCCUUAAAAGCUCUGGAUGGCAUUGCAGUGGAGGUAACUGAGUGUGAAAGUGCAAAGGAUAUGUUUGGAGGAAGACUAACCCCAGACAUGGUAGCAGAGAAACUGGGCCACUCAAAUUACACAGACAUCACCUACCUCACCAUACAGUCCUGCUCCAUUAGGAUGGUUGAUCUGUCUCCAGCAGACCUGUUCUGUAACCUGCGUAGUGUCAACUUAGACCACAACAACCUCACCUCUUUCUCGGGCCUUAUUUACCUGCCCAACAUCAAGGCUCUGUGUUUGAACUACAACCACAUUGAAUCCAUCCUGCCCAGACAGAAGACUCAGGCUUCUCUGACCAACAGACAGAUCCUGUAUAGCAAAGUUCAUUCCAGUGGUUACGGCCAACAGAGUCCAUCCAAAGGCAAAGGGGAAACUGGGCCCACUGGCAGCCUGGAGCCACUGAUGGGCAGCCUGGAGGUGCUGCAUUUGAGUCACAAUGGCAUCUCCAAUAUGGCCAAUCUGCAGCUCAGCAGGCUCACCAAUCUUAAAGCACUCUUCCUCCAAGGUAACGAGAUCAGCCAGGUUGAAGGAUUGGAGGGGCUUCACCAACUCAGAGAGCUUGUGUUAGACAGGAACCGGAUCAAAGCUCUGGCCGAUAACUCUUUCAUAGCACAGAAUGUCCUGCUAGAGCUGCACCUAGCAGAGAACCGCAUCCGGGAGCUCAACCAUCUUGAUCCUUUGAUUGAGCUCCGCAAGCUCUUUCUUGGCAUGAACAAGCUGCAGGACACCACAGAGCUUGACAAACUAGAAGUUCUUCCUUCGCUGACAGAGCUCUCUAUUGUUGGGAAUCCUGUGGCCAAAAAUUCUCAACACAGACCAGCAAUAGUGCUCCGUCUGUCUCAGUUACAGGUCCUGGAUGGAGUGAUGGUCACCCUGGAGGAAAGGACAAGGACUGAGCUCCUCAAUGCUGAGACAUCAUACCCUGGAGCUUCUCUUCCUGCCACUGAAAUAAACCUACCUGGACUGCUACCCCUUAUGCCUCGAAACACCCCUCUAAGAGGAAUGACCAUAAGUGGAGGACUGCAGAACUUUGUGCAUGGGCACGAUAUCCUGCCAGGUCACAUGGAUGAGGCCCAAUCUCAUUACACAUACAAGUACAAGAAGCACAAGCACGGUAAUGCUGUUCGUAGCGGCCAAGCUGACAUUACCUUAAGACACAUUCGAAGAACAGGAAGCAACCUGCCAGCCCAAGGUCUUCUUCAUGAUGGGAACAGAGUCAUCAUCACGUAUCCCGGCCAGGAGCAAGACAGCAGAUUUCCUAAUGGUGGCAAACCUCCACCCAUGUAGCAGCCAGACAAGGUGGUGCAUACAGGUGAAAGGUGAAACAAAUGUGAACACAUGCAACAGCCAUGACUGUCUUUAGUCCUAUAUCAGUAUUUUGGGACAUCAUAUCUUGAAGGUGGCAUAUUUGUAAGCAUUCUGUAAUGUAUAUCGGCAUCUGGACAUAUUUGCAUAUUUAAUGAGGAAAAAGUCAGAACAUAAAGCAAUUCAAGUGCCUUUAGUUUGGUGACAUGGCAAUAAACAACUUUCUGUAACUGUUAACAUAUCAUUAAAUCGCCCUUGCUACUAUUAGUUUAAACGAAAAUGUUUGGAGUUCAGGAAAAUUAGGCUACUUGAAGGUUGCAUGUAGUGCAUCUCUUUCAAAUGGAUUCAUAAUGACUGUGACCUUAUUUUUUAUCCACAUAUGUGGAUCACUAACCAUGGUAAUCUGAGGAUGAGAGGUUUUGGUGUAAUUUCUACUGCUAUCCCAUCUUUGGCCUCAAACAAGUGGAAAAAAAAAAACACCCACAGAUGUAAGGGCGUGUGAGGCUGGCAUGCUGCUUCCACGGGGUCAGAUGCAUCCCCAACAAGUGGAUAAUCCAGCUUUAGCACACCUCUCUGUGGACAAUAAUCUGCAGCCACUCAGAUAAAGAUGUAAUCUUGAACAAGGUCCAAAUGGAUUUUCAGAGAUUGUCAGUUUCAUCAUGUUAGCCUCUUUUCCAAAAGCCCACCGCUGUUUCGACUAAUAGGCAAAUCUCGUGUGUUGUAACUGGAAACAGUAUUAGAGUGACUUGAUAUUUAUGAUGUUAGUUCUGAUGAACAUGAGAUUAUAAUCCUUCCGGACUUGCUGUCAGUUUAGUCUGGUAGUGCUGUAGUUAACACACCAGUCUAAGCUUUAAAUGUGGACUAUACAGCAUAUAUUAUGUGAUCUGAUACCUUUAUAUUCUGGGAACUCUAAACUGAUCAUUGUAUGAUGAAAAGAUUAAUGCUGCGUUCACAUGGAAUCAGGCAAACAAUCGACGGAUAUCAUUUUAGGGAAUGAGAGCAUGUUGGUAAAAUUAGGUGAGGCCAGCAGAGACUAGUAGACGGCAUUGCCAUUCAGAGUUAAAAUAUUUCACUUUUUGCCUUUCUCCACAACAAAAUUUACAACCAGGUGUUAUGUAGCUCCUUCACAUGAGGCAUUUGGGAAAAUUUGUGGACAUUACUGGAAUAAUUACGUAAAAUAAUAAACACACAAAAUAAUUGUAUUAAAUAUAUUUUAUUCCAAUCUUUGUAAACAAUACGACAUCACCAUCGCAACAUAUCGACGUGGGGUUUUAUUUUUUACCAUCCUGCCAUUCCAUUGGACUGAUUGAUGGUUUUAAACGUGCCGUCCAGAAAGUAUUGUUCAUGUGCUGUCUACUGUCUGUCUGAUUCCAUGUGAAUGCUAAGUUAGAAACGACAUCAGCCUCCAUCAGUUGAACACUGUUGUUAUGUUUCUCAACAACUUCUUGUAAAGUUUAAUUAGUGUUAUUUAAACUCUACUGAACUUUUUUAUUAUGUGUACUACUUAAAGGUAUACUGUACAGGAUUUUCCUUGGGAAAAAAACAAUGUAUAGGGUCACACAAAAGUCAUUUCUGUCAGUUAUCACUUGUACGAUGUAUGUACAUAUUUUCGUAUUUUCUUAAUAUAUUUACUGUGUUCAGGAUGUUCCUGGACACAGUGGGCAGGUGAGGUCAUGACUUCAUGGACACAGCGCCAAAGCUAUUAAAAACACAAAGAUA